UGCACAGAGUGAUGCAGCUGUCUCUGAUCUUCGAUGAGGUGGACUUAUCUGAUGCCAGUGUGGCGGAGACCAGCACUAAGAACAUCAACAACAGCUUCACGGUGAUCACGCCUUUCCGGAAGCUCAUCUUAUGUGCAGAGAACCGCAAGGAGAUGGAAGACUGGAUAAGUGCCCUGAAGUCUGUCCAGAAGUGGGAAAUCCAUGAGGCCACCCAGUUCAACAUGGAGCACUUCUCGGGCAUGCACAACUGGUACGCCUGCUCCCAUGCCAGGCCCACCUUCUGCAACGUGUGCCGCGAAGCCCUCUCAGGUGUUACCUCCCAUGGCCUCUCUUGUGAAGUCUGCAAGUUCAAGGCCCACAAGCGCUGUGCAGUGAGAGCCACCAACAACUGCAAGUGGACAACCCUGGCCUCCAUCGGCACAGAAAUCAUCGAGGAUGAGGACGGGGUGGCGAUGCCCCACCAGUGGCUGGAAGGGAACCUGCCCGUCAGUGCACGCUGUGCUGUAUGUGACCGGACCUGCGGGAGCGUCCGGAGGCUGCAGGACUGGCGGUGUCUCUGGUGCAAGGCCAUUGUUCACAGUGCUUGCAAGGAGCAAUUUGGGAAGAGAUGCCCCCUGGGCCAGUACAAGGUUUCUAUCAUCCCACCAACUGCCUUGAACAGCAUCGAUUCAGAUGGUUUCUGGAAGGCCACCUGCCCCUCAUCCUGCUCCAGCCCACUCCUGGCCUUUGUCAACUCCAAAAGUGGGGACAACCAGGGCGUCAAGUUUCUGCGCAAGUUCAAGCAGUUCCUCAACCCAGCCCAAGUCUUCGACCUCAUGAAUGGGGGCCCGCACCUUGGGCUCCGGCUCUUCCAGAAGUUUUCCACCUUCCGGAUCCUGGUGUGUGGGGGAGACGGCAGCGUGGGCUGGGUCCUCUCUGAAAUCGAUGCCCUUGGCCUACACAAGCAAUGCCAGCUGGGUGUCCUACCCUUGGGGACUGGCAACGACCUGGCACGGGUGCUGGGCUGGGGCAGCCUGUGUGACGAUGACACCCAGCUGCUGCAGAUCCUAGAGAAGCUGGAAAGGGCCACCACAAAGAUGUUGGACAGGUGGAGUGUGUUGACCUACGAGGCACCCAAGCAGUCUCCCCCAGCCAUGAAGGAAGAGGAGAAUGGAGACUCCAACAUCCAGGCCCAGAUCUCCCACUACGCCGACUCCGUCGCCUUCCACUUGGCCAAGAUCCUGGAGUCCGACAAGCACUCGGUGGUGAUCUCAUCUGCAAAGUUCCUGUGUGGCACCGUGAAUGACUUUGUGGCUGAGGUCGGCAGGGCUUAUAAGAGAGCUACCGAGAACAAGCAGGAGGCUGAGCUGAUGGCACGGAAGUGCGCCAUGCUGAACGAGAAGCUGGACUCACUGGUGCGGGAGCUGAACGACGAGGCUCAAGCCAUCACGGUCCCUGAGGGAAUGUCCCAGGCCACGCUGGCUGAUGCCAAGGACCACGACAAAGAAAGUGGCUUCAACCCCAGCCCUGUGCCCCGCAUUUUCAAAUCCAAGGAGCAACUCAUGUUGCGGGCAAACAGCCUCAAGAAAGCCCUGCGGCAAAUCAUUGAGCAAGCAGAGAAAGCUGUGGAUGAGCAGAACAAGCAGACCCAAGCCUACUGUGGCACCAUGGGCCCCACCAAGAAGGACAGCUCGGAGGAGUACAACAAGGAGACGGAGAGGCUCAGUUCACGGCGGGAGACAGUGACCUCUGCAACCUCCUCCAUCAUCCUCGACAGGCCUGAUACCUUCAGCACUUUGCAGUUCCCUGAAGACCCCAGUGCCCUCCAAUUCUCUGAGAAAUGUGUUAUGAAUAACUACUUCGGCAUCGGCCUGGAUGCGAAGAUCUCCCUGGAGUUCAACAACAAACGAGAUGAGCAUCCCAAGAAAUGCAGUAGUCGCACCAAGAAUAUGAUGUGGUAUGGGGUGCUGGGCACGAAGGAGCUUCUGCAGCGCACCUACAAGAACCUGGAGCAGCGAGUGCAGCUGGAGUGUGACGGAGUGCCCAUCUCCUUGCCCAGCCUGCAGGGAAUUGCUGUCCUCAACAUCCCCAGCUAUGCUGGAGGCAUCAACUUCUGGGGAGGCACCAAAGAGGACAAUAACUUUGGGGCUCCAUCCUUUGAUGACAAGAAACUGGAGGUGGUGGCCGUCUUUGGCAGCAUCCAGAUGGCUGUGUCGCGAGUCAUCAAUCUCCAGCACCACCGCAUAGCUCAGUGCCGCAUGGUGAAGAUCACGAUCCGGGGAGAUGAGGGUGUCCCAGUGCAAGUAGAUGGAGAAGCCUGGAUCCAGCCCCCAGGAAUCAUCAAGAUCCAGCACAAGAACCGAGCCCAGAUGCUGACAAGAGAUCGGGCAUUUGAAAACACCCUCAAGUCCUGGGAGGACAAGCAGAAAGGGGAGAGCUACCGAGCAGCCACCCGGCCCCGACUCAGCUCCCAGCAGUCCAUGGAGUACCUGACAGAUGAGGAGGCUGCCCUCUUGCUGCAGGUCUCGCAGGUUGCCGAGACCCUCAUUGCUAGGAUCCAUGAGGCCGCCAAGGCUCACAAAGCUAUGGAGCAGGAGCUAGCGCAUGCAGUCAACACUAGCUCAAUGGCGUUGAGUGAGACUCUGUCCAACAAGGCCGCUGGCAGCCCGGAGUUUCUCAGCAGGAAUGCCGCUGUGGAGGUGGUGCUGAGCAUCAAGGCACUGUAUACUGAGACCAGGGCGUUCCUAGAAGGGAAGGCGGUGAGUGCAGGGUCAGAUAACACCCCAAGCCCCCCAGUGGAGGGAUCCUUGCUGGAGCAGGGUACCGAGCCCCUGGCCAGUGCCCCAGCGCAUGGCAGAGGGGCUGGGGACGGUCCCUGUCCCCCGCAGCUGGACUCACCACAGGAGGAGGAGGCACUGCAGGGUCCUCUGAGCGUGCUUGGCCAGGAGCUGCAGAGGCUGCUAGACAUCCACUGGCUGUCCCCCAUCACCCACUCUGCUGAGGAGGAGAACGUUGGAACAGCUAACAAGGGCAGCUUCAAGCUUCGCCUCAACAUCCCCAAGCCCAGGAAAGAUAAAGACAAGGUGCCAAAGCAGAAAUCCAACAGCAUCCUCCCAGCAGACAAAUGGGGCUCCGAGGAGGUGGCAGCUUGGCUGGAGGCACUCGGUUUAGGGGAAUACAGAGACAUUUUUGUCCGUCAUGACAUCCAGGGCUCAGAGUUGAUCCUGCUGGAGAGGAGAGACCUGAAGGACCUGGGGAUCACCAAAGUGGGCCACAUGAAGAGAAUCCUCCAGGCCAUUAAGGAGCUCAGCAGUGUGCCCUAGAGUGAGGGCUCAGCAUGGCAGCCAAACCUGUGCGCUGGGCCCCUGUCUCAGGACCUCUAGCCCCUAGGGACUGGUGCCCAGGGGCUGGGUACCAGAAGGGGGGAGCCCAGAUCCCCAGCGUGCCCCAUGUGUGUGGAGCAUUCCUGCUUGCCUUGCUUUGUCUGUUCGUCCCCCAGCAUCCCUGGAGCUGCUGCUUCUUCCCAAGCCUAUGGGGCUGGAGACACUAAAGUGGAGAUGCAGUCCAGUAGGCGAUGCAGCACGCCUGUUCGGCCCACAGUAGGGUCACUACGGGAACCAGAGGGCCUGGGCCACUGUACGUAGGCCCAAGCUGGGGCCAAAGCAAAGACCCCCUCCCCCCCGCCACCUCCUUGAUGUGGGUAUUUAAGCUGUGUAAAUACUUG